AUGCGAUCCAAGCUUCGCACAAGGUAUGUUCAUGCUUAUUAUCAACGGGACUUACAGAAACAUUUUCGUAAAUUAUCUCAGGGAACGCGGACAGUAGAAGAGUACUAUGAGGAGUUUGAGUCCCUUAGGAACAAGCUCAAGACACGCGAGACGCAAGAGACGCUGAUGGCUCAGUUCAUGGACGGGCCGAGCAACACAUCAAAAGGAAGAACGCGUCCACAGCCAGAGGCAAAGGAACCUGGACGCAACCGGCUUCCAAAGGAGUUGACAAGGGGAAAAGGGCACUAUACCAGGGAUUGCCCCAACAAGUGUGUGAUGAUCCUUAAGGCUGAUGGUGAGUAUGAAUUCCAAGAUGAGGCCGAAGUUGAGACCUUGGUUUCUGAUGAAGAGGUAGUCGAUUAUGCUGAGACCGGAGAACUACUAGUGACCAGACGUUCUGUCAGUGCCCCCUUCGACCCUGAAUCUGUUCAAAGAGAAAACAUCUUUCAUACAAGAUGUAGCGUGGAACACAAGGUAUGUAGCUUGAUCAUAGAUGGAGGUUCUUGUACUAACGUGGCCAGCAAGUAUCUUGUUGAUAAGCUAGGUUUGGCCAAGACGCCCCAUCCGCGGCCAUACCGGCUCAAGUGGCUCAAUGAUGAGACUGAGCUCAAGAUAGCCGAGCAAGUGGUUGUGUCUUUCAGUAUUGGUAAAUACCAUGAUCAGGUCAAGUGUGAUGUUGUGCCCAUGCAAGCCGGCCACAUACUUCUAGGACGGCCAUGGCAGUUCGAUAAGGAGACCAUUCAUCAUGGCCGGACCAAUGUCUAUAGCUUCAGCCACAACAACAAGAAGCACAGCCUAGCACCUCUAAGUCCUCAAGAGGUUUAUGAGAUGCAGCAAGCAAUGGAUCAUGCCAGCAAGGUGCUGCUAAUGGUCUUUAGAGAAAGUUGUUUUGCAGGAAUUGAGGCCACGGAGUUACCAGCUGAGGUACAAGGCCUCAUGGAGCAAUACAAGGACGUCUUUCCUGAUGAGAUCCCGGCCGGCCUACCCCCUAUCCGCGGCAUAGAACAUCAGAUCGACUUUGUACCAGGCGCGCCCUUGCCAAACCGAGCGGCCUACCGAGUUAACCCCGAAGAAGCCAAGGAGUUGGAGAGACAGGUCCAAGACCUCAUGGAUAAGGGAUACAUCCGGGAGAGUCUUAGUCCGUGUGCUGUUCCGGUCCUAGUGGUGCCAAAGAAGGAUGGAACAUGGCGCAUGAGUGGAUACCACCAAGUUCGAAUGAAGGAGGGAGACGAGUGGAAGUCCGCCUUCAAGACCAAGCAAGGUCUUUACGAAUGGCUGGUCAUGCCGUUUGGCCUCACCAACGCCCCCAGCACUUUCAUGGGACUCAUGAACCAGGUUCUUCGACCUUAUAUGGGGAAGUUUGUGGUUGUGUACUUUGAUGACAUACUGAUCUAUAGCCGCUGCUUAGAAGACCACCUUAGACACCUUGAACAAGUGAUCAAAGUUCUUAGGCAAGAAGGCCUUUAUGCCAACUUAAAGAAAUGUGUGUUUUGCACUGAUGAAUUGGUAUUUUUAGGCUUUGUUGUUAGUUCACAGGGGCUGAAGGUAGAUGAAGAGAAGAUCAAGGCGAUCCAAGACUGGCCUAUACAGACCACCAUCGGCCAUGUCCGCAGUUUCCACGGCCUUGCCAGUUUCUAUCGGCGGUUCGUUAAGGAUUUCAGUACCAUAGCUGCUGCCAUGACCUCUGUGAUCAAGAAGAACGUAUCCUUUAUUUGGGGACCAGCCCAAGAAGAGUCUUUUAACAAGCUUAAAUAUAGUUUGACUCAUGCACCAGUCCUUACUCUGCCUAACUUCGAUAAAACUUAUGAGAUUGAAUGUGAUGCUUCAGGUACAGGUAUAGGAGCCGUGCUUACCCAAGGAGGACGUCCAGUAGCCUACUUCAGCGAGAAACUGAGUGGAGCAACCUUGAACUACCCGACCUAUGAUAAAGAGCUUUAUGCUCUAGUGAGAUCUCUUGAAACUUUGCAACAUUAUCUUUUGUCUAAAGAGUUUGUUAUUCAUACGGAUCAUGAGACGCUUAAACACCUAAGGGGCUAG